CUCGCGCGGAAUUUGUCUUCACCGCUUUUUCAUUGUUCGCGGGAAACUGAACACUUCUGAAUGAAACACACAUCCAGCAGAAGCUAUGACUCUUUUUCACCAUGUUGUUGAUCGGGGUGUUAUAAAAAGAAGAUGCAAUGGUCAGCGGCGGGACUAUCCGCUGUCCUCUCUGCUGGAUGGAUACCAGUGCAGUCGACAAGAUGAACACAUUUCAUACGGAGCCUCAGCUGCUGCUGUGCCGCCGUUUGGAUGCACAUUUUCCUCCGCCCCUGGCCAACAAAACAGCCUCGCUGUAGCAAAUGAGGAAGGGUUUGUGACCAUCUUCAAUACUGGAGAAAAACAGAGCUCUGUCCUGAAAGAGUGGCAGGCACACGAUAAUGCAGUUUUUGAUAUUGCAUGGGUUCCUGGUGCAAACAGCUUGGUAACAGCAUCUGGAGACCAAACGGCCCGUUUUUGGGAUGUUAUUACUGGUGACCUGCUGGGAACAUUUAAAGGACAUCAGUGCAGUCUUAAAUCUGUGGCUUUUUCCAAGCAAGAGAAAGCUGUGUUUAGCACUGGAGGCAGAGAUGGGAACAUAAUGAUUUGGGAUACAAGAUGCAGUAAAAAAGAUGGUUUCUACAGGCAGGUAAAACAGAUCAGUGGUGCCCAUAUGAAACCUGAAAGACACACACCUCAAACAAAGAAGAGACGUGGGAUGGCGCCCCCUGUGGACUCCCAGCAGGGUGUGACCGUGGUUUUGUUCUGCGACGACAACAAACUCAUCUCUUCAGGAGCAGUAGAUGGGAUCAUUAAAAUGUGGGAUUUGCGGAAGAACUACACUGCAUACUACCACAACCCUCUUCCUCUACAAGCCUAUCCUUACCCAGGCUCCUGUACACGCAAACUAGGUUAUUCUGGUCUGUCACUGGAUUCCACUGGCGCCCGUCUGUUUUCCAACUGCACAGAUGACAAUAUCUACAUGUUCAAUAUUAGUGGUUUGAAAACGACUCCAGUUGCUGUAUUCAGCGGUCACAGUAACUCCUCAUUUUAUGUGAAGUCCAGUGUCAGCCCAGACGACCAGUUCCUGGCCAGUGGUUCGAGUGACCAUCAUGCUUACAUAUGGAAGAUUUCAGACCCAAAACAAGCUCCCAUGAUGCUUCAAGGCCAUAGCCAGGAAGUCACAUCAGUGGCCUGGUGCCCCACUGAUUUCACCAAGAUCGCUUCCUGCUCUGAUGACAACACUGUAAGGAUCUGGCGCUUGAACCGCAGACCAGACGAAGAAAGUUCAUCAAUCCGAGAUCCAAACGUCGUAGGCUGGACACUUCGUAAAAUCCAAUCACCACCAAGAGCACCUGGCCCUUACAGCCCUGUUGAAGUCACUCCAGCUAAAAGUCCUGGUUUAGAAAGGGCCAUCUCUCUGGCUUCACCCCAACCCGCUGCGUGUGCCCCUAUGGGUGGUGAUUUACCCCUCCCGUCAAACACAUCUGCACCUUUGGCCAAGAUCAGCAGCCCCAAAAUGCCCUCCUCCAUCCAGCAGUGGAUCAGCCGUGGUAAUUCCCCCGGUCACCGCGGUACAUCUCCCCUCCGCAAGGCGCUCACACCUGUCCUCCAAGGCCCAUCGUCUGAACGCAGAGCAAAGCGACGACUAGAAACGGGUGAUAGAUCUGGUUUGGGAGAGGAGAGUGAUGGAGUGUCUGAACUGUAUCCCGAUGUAAAGAGGAGCAGGAGUUCAGUAAGCUCGCACAACUGUUCAGAGGAGAAAGGUGACCUACUCAGUUUGCAAACACAGGAGAGGCUCAGCUCGGCUAGUCAAGCUGACACUGGCAAAGAGAACAGCUCUCCGAGGAGGACUGAUUGGCUUUCUGUGAUCAGCCAGAGAUUUAAAGGAUCAGCUCAACCUAAAAGCCCCAACAACAGCAGCAAACGGCAGGAUGCAAGAACACACAGCUCUCCGGCAGCAAGCUCACCAUGUCCAAUGAGAGUUUUGUCUCCACCGCCAAACAAGAAAGCAUCGCCCUCCAAACCCAUGAAAAAAAUCUCUAGCUACUUUAUGAAAAGAACCCAAGACUGAUCAUUGUGUGGCAAGAGAUCAGUGUCUGUUAUAUGACACAUUUAUGGUUUAGGUUCAGCUUAUGUAUUUAUGUAUGUGUGUAUAUAUCAUCUUUUUUAAUCAAAUUGUUUUUAACUAUGUACAAGGUUAAAAAAAGGGUCAAAUCGAUGAUCGUUUUUGUAAACAUUGCAAGAUGAAGUCAUUUGACACCGCAAUUAAACUCUACAAGUUUUCUGAA